GGGCUCUGAUCCCGGGUUCCCUGGCUCUCAUCCCGGUUUCCCUGGCUCUGAUCCCGGGUUCCCGGGCUGCCCAUGCGGCUCUGACCAUGCUGUUGCCCCCAGGGCAGGCGCUGGCCCUGGCGCUGGUGGCCACGCUGUGGGGCAUCACGGGCCCGUUCCUGCGGGCGGCGGCGGGCACGGAGGAGCCGCGGGGCACGGGGGAGCCGCGGGGCCGGGGCCUGCGGCGGCUGCUGGCCGAGCUGCGCUUCCUCAGCCUCAACUGCAGGUACCUGGUGCCCUUCCUGCUCAACCAGGCUGGAUCCCUCCUCUUCUACCUCACCUUGGCCUCCGCAGAGCUGUCCCUGGCAGUGCCACUCUGCAACUCCCUGGCUUUGAUUGUGACCCUGGUGACUGGGAAAAUCCUGGGAGAGGACAUUGGUGGCAAACGAGCCGUGGCAGGAAUGCUGCUCACCAUCCUGGGCGUGUCCCUGUGCCUGGCUGCGGCCUGAGGGAGCAGCAGGAGCUGAUCCAGGGCAGCAGGAGCUGCUCCAGGGCAGCAGGAGCUGAUCCAGGGCAGCAGGAGCUGCUCCAGGGCAGCAGGAGCUGCUCCAGGGCAGCAGAAACUGAUCCAGAGCAGCAGGAGCUGAUCCAGGCCAGCAGGAGCUGAUCCAGGCCAGCAGGAGCUGAUCCAGGCCAGCAGGAGCUGAUCCAGGGCAGCAGGAGCUGAUCCAGAGCAGCAGGAGCUGAUCCAGGGCAGCAGGAGCUGAUCCAGGCCAGCAGGAGCUGCUCCAGGGCAGCAGGAGCUGAUCCAGAGCAGCAGGAGCUGAUCCAGAGCAGCAGGAGCUGAUCCAUGGCAGCAGGAGCUGAUCCAGGGCAGCAGGAGCUGAUCCAGGCCUGCAGAAGCUGCUCCAGGGCAGCAGGAGCUGCUCCAGGGCAGCAGGAGCUGAUCCAGAGCAGCAGGAGCUGAUCCAGAGCAGCAGGAGCUGAUCCAGGGCAGCAGGAGCUGAUCCAGGCCAGCAGAAGCUGCUCCAGGGCAGCAGGAGCUGAUCCAGAGCAGCAGGAGCUGAUCCAGGGCAGCAGGAGCUGAUCCAGGGCAGCAGGAGCUGAUCCAGAGCAGCAGGAGCUGAUCCAGGGCAGCAGGAGCUGAUCCAGGGCAGCAGGAGCUGAUCCAGGCCAGCAGGAGCUGAUCCAGGGCAGCAGGAGCUGAUCCAGGGCAGCAGGAGCUGAUCCAGGCCUGCAGAAGCUGCUCCAGGGCAGCAGGAGCUGAUCCAGGGCAGCAGGAGCUGAUCCAGAGCAGCAGGAGCUGAUCCAGGGCAGCAGGAGCUGAUCCAGGCCUGCAGAAGCUGAUCCAGGGCUCCUCCCCCGUUCCCCAGGGGGCUCCUGGCUCAGUCCCACCUGGGAAGGAGUUUUUGGGAUGGCCAAAGGCAUGGAUUGCAUGCCCUGAGUGCCAGGGUGGCCCCGGUGCAGGGACAGCCAGUUUUGUGCCUUAAGGGGGUUUUGGUGGCUCUUUGAAGACCACGGGGAUUCAAUUGUCUUGUCCAGCAGUGGAGGGGUAAGAAAUGGUUAAUAAAUUAUCCAGUGUGA